CCAAACGAAUCCUCACAUUCCCACCAGCCAAAAUGGGUUUCGAGAACGGCGAUGCUAAGAAGGGUGCCAACCUUUUUAAGACACGAUGCGCGCAGUGCCAUACCCUGAAGGAAGGUGAGGGCAACAAGAUUGGCCCCAUGCUACACGGUCUUUUCGGUCGCAAGACUGGUCAGGUCGACGGCUACUCAUAUACCGAUGCCAACAAGCAGAAGGGCAUCACCUGGGACGAGAACACAUUGUUCGAGUACCUCGAGAACCCCAAGAAGUACAUUCCCGGCACCAAGAUGGCCUUUGGUGGUCUCAAGAAGCCGAAGGACCGCAACGACUUGAUCACUUUCCUCAAGGAAGAGACCAAAUAAGCGUUUUACUGAAACGCUUACCUCUUCUCCCCGACAUGUCAUGACCUUUCUCUGAUUCCAUUUGGGACAAAACUUCUUCCGAUUGUACCAAUACCAAUAAUAGACGUACGGCGGAGGCGAUGGAGCACUCUUGGUGUGCGGCGUCGCCUUGUGUAGAUUAUGUUUGGUAUGAUAUCAUACUAGGGCGCUUUUCGAUUUCUGGUGUAGCAUAGAGCCGGUCUGGAACUUAGCGACACGUUCGAAAUAACAAUUCUCCUCCUCC